CGGCAACAAUAAAGACGCCACAAGCUUAGAACUAGCUCUCGGCUCGUUCCUAUUUAACUUAUAUUACAGCUACUACUCACUUACAGCUUUACUCUAUACACCUCUGUGUAACACUAGGAUAAAUAUCAGUGGUAUACAGGAGUACCUCCUGCCGAACUAGCAAAAUUAGCUUAGCUAAUAUAGUUUUUAUUUGCUAGCUAACACGUAGCAUGUAGCCUAUGUGUUUGUUACUACAUGUACUUCCUCUGCCAGUCACCAGAACCUCGUUAUUCAUAUGAAGAGUUUGUACAUCCUUAAAAAUACAUUUAAAUAUUGAUUGUAUGGGUCCAUUGAAUUCAAGUCAUGUUGUGUUCUCUUCGUGUUCAAUACGUAGUGAACUGUGUGCGAUCGGAGGCAGCUUGUUCACGUUGUCUGACAAAUUUCCAUUAUCUAUCUCAUCUUGGUCGAGCAGUAAUUUUGUUAUAUACUUUCUUUUUGUUUGUCUCGAAGCCACGGUUUAUCUGUGCUUUGCACUGCAUUUACAUACCAAGAUGGUGGCUCAGUGGCACGGCUCACGUCUGGCUCAGACUCGUUCCUGACAGAACGUAUGAUCUGAAGAUCGGCCAGCCCACCGUCUCAUUCUUCCUCAAACAGGCAGCAGGAAUCGCUAAAGGUGCCAGCAAGACAGGCCACGAGACGGCGGGUAUGGUGUCGGUGAAAGCUGUGUACGAGAUCGCGAAGGUCAAAGGUGAAGACGAGUGCUUCAAGAUAAGGGACGCCUCCCUCGAGACCGUUGUCAAAACCAUCAUCGGCUCAGCCCGCUCGCUGGGAAUCCAAAUUGUCAACGAUCUUUCAGCAGAUGAGUACAAAGUCUUCCUGGAGCAGAGAGAGGAAAAGCUGAAGGCGGAUGCUGCUGCUGCAGCUGCAGCUGCUGCAGCCGAGGCCGCAGCAGGGAAAAAGAAAUAAAAACCUGCAAUAGUUUCCUGUAUUUGUUUAUUUUGACUUUAUACAUGUACUACAUUCGCUUAAAACCUGUUUAAUAAAAGUUUUGUGUUAACAAA